CCCUGCUCUGGCCCAGACCGCCAGUGACGGGCAGCUCAGGUUUUCCUUUCUACCUAAGCUGCUGAUUCAUGCCCAGGCGGGAGCUGGCCCUCUGGCUGCCGCUGGGUGGAGGACUGGGGCUCCUGGGAGGCAUCCCCACCUCCAUAGAUGCCCCGGGGGAGGGGGGCAGCGUGGCUCCAGGCCCUGUGGGAUUCUGACCCAGAAUGCAGGGGGCAGGGCAGGGCUUGCUCAGGGUGGCGGACCUCUCCGCCUCCUCCUGCAGGCUGCCUCAAGGAUGACCGCAUCGUCUUCUGGACUUGGAUGUUCUCCACCUACUUCAUGGAGAAAUGGGCCCCCCGGCAGGACGACAUGCUGUUCUAUGUUCGCCGGAAGCUGGCCUACUCAGGCAGUGAGAGCAGCGUGGACGCGAGGAAGCUGCCCGAGGCUGAGCCCGAGGUGGAGGUAGAGGUGUACCGGCGGGACUCCAAGAAGCUGCCAGGCCUGGGCGACCCGGACAUCGACUGGGAGGAGAGCGUGUGCCUGAACCUCAUCCUGCAGAAGCUGGACUAUGUGGUGACCUGUGCCGUGUGCACACGCGCCGACGGGGGCGACAUCCACAUCCAUAAGAAGAAGUCGCAGCAAGUGUUUGCGUCCCCCAGUAAGCAUCCCAUGGACAGCAAAGGGGAGGAAUCCAAGAUGAGUUACCCUAACAUCUUCUUCAUGAUUGACAGCUUUGAGGAGGUGUUCAGUGACAUGACCGUGGGAGAAGGAGAGAUGGUCUGUGUGGAGCUGGUGGCCAGCGACAAAACCAACACGUUCCAGGGAGUCAUCUUCCAGGGCUCCAUCCGCUAUGAGGCGCUCAAGAAGGUGUAUGAUAACCGAGUGAGCGUGGCCGCACGCAUGGCCCAGAAGAUGUCGUUUGGCUUCUACAAGUACAACAACAUGGAAUUCGUGCGCAUGAAGGGGCCCCAGGGCAAGGGCCAUGCCGAGAUGGCUGUCAGCCGUGUGUCCACCGGGGACACCUCCCCCUGCGGCACUGAGGACUCCAGCCCGGCCUCGCCCAUGCACGAGCGGGUGACCUCCUUCAGCACACCCCCGACGCCUGAGCGGAACAACCGGCCCGCCUUCUUCUCCCCUUCCCUCCAGAGGAAGGUGCCCCGAAACCGCAUCGCGGAGAUGAAGAAGUCGCACUCGGCCAAUGACAGCGAGGAGUUCUUCCGGGAGGACGAGCGCGGAGCUGACUUGCACAAUGCCACCAACCUGCGCUCCCGGUCCUUGUCUGGCACGGGCAGAUCCCUGGUCGGGUCCUGGCUGAAGCUGAACAGAGCUGACGGAAACUUCCUUCUCUAUGCACACUUGACCUACGUCACUUUGCCGCUGCAUCGGAUACUAACAGACAUCCUGGAGGUACGGCAGAAGCCCAUCCUGAUGACCUAGCGUGGCGGAGCCACAUGGAGCCCUGGCCCUGAGGCCCGGGGACUGCUGCCAAGUGCCUACCUGUCACCGCCCGGGGUCUUCUGUGACAACCAGUGCCAGGGCUGCAGCCAGGCAGGGCCGCUGGACUCCGGGGCCAGGGCCGAUCCACAAACACCAGCCCAAACUGAAGUGCCUCGUCCUCCUCCCCUGCUGGCUCUGCUCCUGCCCUGCAUCCUCACCCUUACCCCCUGCCCAUCUCCGGAGCACCCUCUGCACCCAGAGAGGACCAGGGUCGCCAGGGGGCCACUGACAGCGCAAGGACAGCCAGGUCCAGAUUGAGCUUGGCCACAGGCCACGUCCCAACCAGACACAUAGCAGGCGGGCGCCAGCCAGCCAGGCCCUCCAUGAGUCUCACUGACCAGCCUUCCUUGCGAGGCCCCUGGAAGGUUCUGUGACUGUACCCUUGAACUUCAGCAUCUGUCCCGACCCAUCUUCCCCUUGUCACACUUUGACACAGUGGGUUCCGGUGGGGAGAUGAGGACAUGACCUAAUCAGCGGCUUUGCCCUGGGCUGGGAAUACCUCACCCCAUGCCCAGUUCCAGAACAUUCCCGAGCUGAGCAAACAGUCCCCACCCCUCACCCCCAGAAUGGCCUUUGCUUCCAGCCAAAGAACACCGCCAACACACAGCCUCCUGCCCAGCGGCUGGAGAGACCUGCAGAACUCGGGUCCUGAGGGAGGUGGGAGGGCUCGGUAGCCAGGGUAUCUGAUGGGCCGGGGUUGGCAUCCCCCUUGGGGCUCCAGGCAGACGGCGUCUUCUAGGGUGGGAGGGCCUGGCACUGUCCCCUUGUCCGGUUUCCUGCAGCCAGUGUGCCAUCUGCCCCGGGCAAGCCCUGCGUGCGCAGCUGUGGGCUGGUCUCUCCCCAGCGCCCGGAGCCUCCUUGGCCUGCCUGGGAGUCCACCGGAAGCUGCCACUCUGUUACUGUUCUGGCGAGGCCCUCAGCCCCCCGGAGGCUCUGAGUACCUGGGCAGAGACCUCUUUUUGGCAGGAGAGAGCAGGAGCUGUUCUCCCAUCUGUCUCUCUUCCUUGGGCUCCGGGGACAGGGACUACUUUGGGGCUUUCUCUAGAUUUUGUAUGUUGUUAUUAAAAGCGAGCUAUUGCAUUUCAUUCUGCCUCAGUUUGCCCACCUGUAAAAUGGGGCCGAUACCACCUACCUCACUGACAUCUCCAGGAUUCGAGCGCACGGCCAGUCAGGGUGUGAUCGUGCGUCGUUCCCUUCACUGGGCUGCUCCUCGGUGAGCAGGAUCUCACAUCCGCACAGCCUCACCCAGCUAAUCGCCUCCCCGGGGCGCGUGCUUGCCAGUGUCUUAGGGCCGCAGUCAUCCCAGAUGGACCUCCAGAGUGCCCAGUGCCCUUCCCUUGUUUGUGGCUGAAAGACCCAUAUGUUAGGGAUGUUUUCCCUGGUCAUUCUGGCCAGUGACAGCUGCUUAGCUUGGGAGGGGCCUCCCCGUGGCGGAGGGGGAGAGCUCUAGGAGGCCCCUCCCCUGGUGCCCCUGGGCCAGGCCCUCCUGGCUGGGCCCGUGGAAGGUGGGGUAGCUGAGAACCAACUGCGGGCACACGUGAAGGCGCUUUGCAGGUCACAGAAACGGGCAGAUGUGGAGUUCUGUUUAUUUAUUUAUUUGCUGUGCUGGGGUUGGAAUCCCGGACUUGGAUUGUGCCAGAGGAGCGCUGUGUCACUGAGCUGCGCCCCAGGCCCCAGGGGCAGGGCUCUAAAGGUCACCCUGCAUCUGUAAAGCCUCUGACUGAAUUUAAAUCACACUCGGAGGAGCUGAUAACUCAGAGUGCUGGCUCUCACCCUGAGGUUUACUGUUUGGAAUGGUCCGUGACAUGCGGGAAAGUUAGAGGAACAGGUCAGGUAGAGCUAGAGCCCAGCCUCCCGGUGCUGCCGCCCUCCUGCUCCUCCAAGGCCGUGUCCACGCCUGUGUCCUAUACAGUGUAGGGAUGACCAAAGCUGUGUUCAUGUCGCUGGGAAUCGGAGUUAGAAGUUUCCUUUGAGCAAACGUAGGUGUCUGUGUUUUAGAAUAUUAGGAAGAAAGUUGUUUUGCUUUUGGAGUACCGGGGAUCAAACUCAGGACCCGGUGCUUACAAGGCAGGUGCGGCGCCACUGAGCUAAAUCCCCGGCCCUGUGUUUUCCCUUAAAGAAAUGUCAUGAUCCUAGAUUCUGAUUAGGGACAGAUGUAUCUUUGUUUACAGACUUUUCUGCCUCCAGCACUUGGAUGAUCUUGGUGGUAUUAGGCUGCCUUCCAGUGUCUUGCUGGAACUUCUAGUUGUCCAUAAAAGCAGCCAAGGUUCAUUUUUGUUUUUUUUAAAAAAGACUAUCAUUUAAAACACAAAUA